CGCUGCGUGCUUUUGCGGCGGCACCGUUUUUUCUGGCGAAAGCGUGUUCGUAACGCGGAACGUUUUUCGCGUCAUGUGUUCAGCAUGCAAUAGGCUUAGAAGUGUUAGCAACCUUUGCGAACCAACAUGAAGCUUGGAGAGCGUUGCACUUGCUUUCAGGUCGCGUGGUAAACCGCGAAGAAGCCGUUCAAGCAUUCGCACGCAAGCUCACGUGGCUGACCAUGGAAGGCAGUGGUGAUCUCGUUCUCAACCUCAACACCGAGUUCCAGCCUCGGAAGAAACGUUUGCCAGCUGCUUCUAACAACGCGGCAACAUUUCGCGGAGGCGACGCCAGAAAAGCUACACCGACGCCUGGAGCUGUUAAAAGAAAGCAUGCACCGACCCAGGGGUCGUCAGCGAAACCGGAAAAAGUCACGUUCAAGUUCGGUGGUGAGCGAUUCGCCGUUGGGCGAAGUCGUGAUGACGACUCGGAACGCAACUCCGGCGGUGACGCGAAGAGGGCCGAAGGCGAGCGGCCUCCUUUGCCGCAGAAACAGAGAAAGAACUUCACUCAUUCGUUGUUCGGCGUGCAGGGCUCGCUCGAAGAGCAACAGCAGACGACGCCAACCGCCGUCGAAGCCAAAAAGGAGCCUGUCUUCUCGUCGUCGCAGUUCUCGGAGUUCGGCGUUCACCCGCACCUCGUCGCUUGCCUCCGCGAUCGGUUCCAGAUCACGACCGCUACCGAGGUGCAGAAGCUAGCCAUUCCGGCGCUCCUCGGCCGCCGCGACACCCUGAUCAAGUCGCACACGGGCUCCGGUAAGACGCUGGCGUACGCGCUGCCCAUUCUCCACUGUCUACAGGAGAUACGACCCAAGUUGACGCGCGCCGAUGGUGUCAGAGCCGUGGUUAUCGUGCCUACCCGGGAGUUGGCGCUGCAGACGUACGAGUGGUUCGAGAAGCUUAGCAAGGCUUGCACCUGGGUUGUUCCGGGUGUUCUGAUGGGUGGGGAGAAGAAGAAGUCCGAGAAGGCGCGACUCCGCAAGGGGCUAUCCAUUGUAAUAGGCACUCCAGGCAGGCUCAUGGACCACCUGGAACACACUGAGUCGUUCUCACUCGCCAACGCCUCGUGGCUAGUCAUAGACGAGGCCGACAGAAUGCUCGAACUCGGCUUCGAAGAGUCGAUCUCAAAGAUAGUCACACUCUGGAAGGAGCAAAUACGAGUCGAAGGGACCAGUGUACUCCUGUCGGCAACACUGACAAAAGGUGUGGAGAAGCUGGCUGGCCUGACGCUCGAAGAUCCAAUGACCGUUGACGUAGCCGUUGAGUCGGGCGCCAAUGAACUCGAAGAAUUUGUCCUGCCACCAGGCCUGAGCCAGUACUACCUCCAGGUCCCAGUCAAGCUGUCCCAGAUGACCCUCUGCUGCCUUCUUCUUGAAGCUUGCGUAGCAGCCGAACGGGGCAAGGUCAUCGUGUUCCUGGCCACUCAGGACACCGUUGACUUCGAGCACGCCCUCUUCUCCUCGGUCCUGGGCGUAAUGCUUGAAGACACAGACAAGCGGAUUGACUUCGUCCGGCUACAUGGUGAAAUGACGCAGCACGACCGUGCUGAAGUGUUCAACCGUUUCCGAGAAGCAACAUCUGGCAUUCUCUUCACAACCGACGUGGCAUCGAGGGGCAUAGACGUUCCUCAGGUGGACCUUAUUGUCCAGUGUUGUGUGCCCCUGCGCCCCGAAGAGUACGUCCACCGUGCCGGAAGGACUGCUCGCAUCGGUGCCAAGGGAAAAGUCGUUCUCCUGCUAUUUCCCUCAGAGGUCGGCUUCCUAGAUGUCCUUGCACAGCGCAACAUUCAGCUGGACCAGAUGGAUCUCAAAGACAUAUUGUCUAAGGUGUUCACUAUCAAGUCUCACAUUCUCGAGGCAAGGACUGAUCCGGGACAAAAGCUGAGGACGAUGGAGGACUUUGUGACUGCACUUCAGCUCAUCUUUGAAAGCGAGGUUUACAAGGAGACGGCUCUGCAGGAAAUGGCGAAGAAGGGCUUUUUGAGUCACAUCCGUUCGUACGCAUCUUACCCACGCGCCAUGAGGCAUGUGGUGUCGUUUAAGGCCUUGCAUCUGGGUCACCUCGCCAAGGCGUAUUGUCUGAGGGAGACUCCGAGCACACUCGGCGCACAGUGGGCAGCACAUCCAGCACAGGACAGUCCGGGGCAUCGCUUUGGACGCGGCAGCACUCGUUUCAGACCGUCUGACAGGCGUAUGAAACAGCUGAGGCCACCUGUCAAGAGGGUGAAGAUUUCAGAGUAUGACAGUGGUCUUGUGGCAUCGAAGAAAAAGAGAAAGAAACAUGUUCAGAGCGAUUAAGCGUAUGUGCGAGAGCAUUGAUGUUUGGUGCAAGUGUGCAUGGUGGUGCAGUGCAAACACUUGACAUUGUAAACAUAUUGCAACUCGUAAAUUAAUGAAACUUAAACUGUAUGCAGAAGUUUUGGUGAUGUAGACAUUUUGAUAUAUGUCUGGAUUCUUUUCUUGUGCAUUUGUAAAGCGUUAUACUCGUGUAUGGCCGAAUCUUUGCGCAGUGCAAAGGCAACAGCUUUACAACUUCGAAACUAAACUUUGUCACGAUUGCCAAAUUGUCAAUUAGUGGGUUGUGGUUGUAAAUGUCCUGUCACAAUGGCAUAUUCUGCAGCCGUGAACAGCAAUACGGGGAUCAUAAUAUGUGCAUAGCAUUUCUAGGUUUUGUGCUUUUACAUGUUAAUCACACUGAUACAAUAUUUGCACGGUAAGAUUAGUACUGUGACGAACUGUCGACUGUUGUAUUGUGAGUGUACACUGGUAGAUUUUAAGUCAUAAAAUAAACAUUAAAGACAUACCAUUUCACUC